AUGUCCACGUGCUGUCCAGCAAAAUCGGAUCAAAUCAAUAAAAUAUUGCGCAUACGUCCAAUCAGAAAGAUUCAAACGUGUUCAUUCUCGCUGAGAUUCGAUCCAUCUGGCUUAGAACGAGCUGAUGAGAAGCAGUCGAGUGAAUAUAUCCGUGAUAUGAUAAAUAAUAUGAUUGCAGAAAGUGUUUUAACAUUAGCUGAAGAAUUCCGAAAUGAGCUAUUUCCUUUAGUGACUUCAAUGAUCAGCGCGAAAACUUUCAGUCCACAGUGCUAUGAAGAUCUUGAGAAAGUGGCAAAUGCGAUCAAAUCGAAAGUCAAUCUGAAAGAGACUCCAACACUCGCAAUCAUAUGCGGCUCGGGACUUGGCGAUCUUGCCGAAUCGGUGACCGACAAACAAAUUUUACCAUACAGUGAAAUACCCGGAUUUCCAAGCACAAAAGUGGUGGGCCACAAAGGUAAUUUGGUGUUCGGUUAUUUGGGUGGAAAAUAUGUGAUGUGUGUUCAGGGCCGAUUCCAUCCGUACGAACAUGGAAUGAAUCUCGCGCUGGGUGCAAUGCCAGUGCGAAUAAUGCAUUUUCUUGGUGUCACAAAGUUGGUUGUAUCAAACGCAGCUGGUGGCCUCAAUGAGCAUUUCAAGCAAGGUGACAUCAUGGUCAUCAAAGACCAACUCUGCCUUCCGGCUCUGGCCGGUUUCUCGCCGUUCGUUGGUGCACACGAUGAACGCUUUGGUGCUCGAUUCCCGUCGAUGCAUGCCGCAUAUGAUCCACCGCUAAGGAAGAAGGCCAUGGAAAUCGCCAAGCAACAAGGAAUUCGUGCAUUCGAAGGUGUUUACUGCAUGUGUGCUGGUCCUCAAUAUGAAUCGCCAGCUGAAGUGAAUUUCAGGAAUGUCAACUUGUCACGAAGUGGCUGUGGCAAGACAACAUGGAAUGACGGUGUUUGGCAUUUCUCUAAUCACCAAUAUGUAUGUUGCUUUACGAUAGCCAACAUGGACAGUGACUCAACGGCGGAAGUUGCACAUACUGAAGUGCUGGAUACGGCCAAAGAAGCGAGUUCGCGUGUGUGCAAUUUCGUUGCUGAAGUUAUUAAAAUAAUGUAG